ACACACUGCACUCUGCUUUUCUCUCUUCCUUCGCCUCAAAACCAAAAGAGAUCACAGAACACCCACCCCCUCCUCAAACCUCACCACCCGGGCCCCCCAUAUUACGAGUCCCCUAGCCCCCUCAACUCUAAUACUCAACCCAUCUAUGUCACUAACUCCCAGAAAAGGCAAUAAACCAAAAGAGCUGAGUAAUGGCUAAAUCUGUGCAUCAAAGAUGAAGGUCACUGCUAACAAAGAUGAGCUUCCAGCAAUUACAUCAUCCAAAUUAGUGAACCCUUUACCUGAUUCAGAUCUUUUACACAAACCCUUUUGCUCUCGUAAACCGCCUCGCCGGAAAACCAAGAACUCCGGCACCGGAGUGAGGUUAAAAAGAGAUAUUGCUGGUGGGAAAAAGAGCAGACCUGAGACCCCUUUACUACGUUGGAAAUAUAACGAGGAUGUAAAUGACAAUGCUCCUUGUACCUGGGACGCCGACGAGUCCACGGUGGAGCUUGGUAGGAAAUCUGGCCGGAAAGUUAAAACCUUGGUUUCUGCUAGGAAGUUAGCUGCUGGAUUAUGGAGGCUUCAGUUGCAAGAAGUUCCCAAUAUCCCACCUCAAAAGUUAGCAUUUCAGGCUGGUCAUGUUGAUGUGCCCUUUUACGGUCAUCAUCAUCACAGUGAACAGAAUGAUUCUCACAUUAAUGAUACAGUGCAGAGUCCUCGAUCUGUCUCCGGUCCAAGAAAUGGUUUUUUUCACAAGCUAGAACUGUCAUUUCAAUAUUCAAACUCAGCUAUGGAGGGGGCAACAAAGUGGGAUCCAAUUGGCUGGCAAAUAGCUGAGGAAAUAAAGGAGAUUUACGGCCAUCAGAAGGUUCCUGAUAAACAGUCGAAGAAUGCUGCAAUGAUUUCUAAGCUUGAGGGUGAAUUAGAGCAGGCUCGCUCCCGAAUUUAUCAGCUUGAGAUGGAGCGGCGGUCAUCAAAAAAGAAACUCGAGCAGUUUCUGAGAAAACUUAGCGAAGAGAAGACAGCAUGGCGAAGCCGAGAACACGAAAAAAUUCGUGCAAUUAUCGAUGAUAUGAAAGCUGACUUGUCAAGAGAGAGGAAAAACCGACAGAGGCUGGAAAUAGUUAACUCCAAGUUAGUUAAUGAGUUGGCUGAUACCAAGUUAUCAGCAAAGCGCUACUUGCAAGAUUACGAAAAAGAAAGGAAAGGUAGAGAGUUGAUAGAGGAAGUGUGUGAAGAAUUAGCCAAGGAAAUUGGAGAAGACAAGGCUGAAGUCGAGGUAUUGAAGAGAGAAUCUCAGACACUAAGAGAGGAAGUAGAUGAAGAAAGAAAGAUGUUGCAGAUGGCUGAGGUUUGGCGUGAGGAACGGGUUCAGAUGAAGCUAGUUGAUGCUAAGGUGACACUAGAAGAGAAGUAUUCCCAGAUGAAUAGACUAAUUGCAGAGCUAGAGUCUUUUCUAAGUUCUAGAGGUAUGAACCCCGACGAGGAAGUGAUCAAAAGAGCUGAGCAGCUUCAACAUGCAGCUGCUUCAGUGGAUAUUCGUGAUAUCACGGAAUUCACUUAUGAACCUCCAAACCCAGAUGAUGCUAUGUUUGAGGAUGUUAAUUUUAUUGAAAAUAAUGACAGGGAGAUUGAGCCGUGUCCUGCAUACAGUCCUGAUGGUGGUGUAUACAAUAAAGACAACUUCCACAGACAUUCUCACGCAUAUGUCAAUCAAACCGAUGAUUUAGAGGAAGAGGGAAGUGAAUGGGAAACAGCGAGCCAUCUCGAUGAACAAGGCUCUAGUUAUUCCCCUGAAGGAAGCAUCUCUUCUACCAACAGGAAGUAUAGCAAUGUCUCAAGAGGUGAUGGUACACCAAUUACAGAGAUAAGUGAAGUAUGUUCAGGGCCAGGUCGGCAGCUUAAGAAGGUGUCAUCUAUAUCUAGGCUUUGGAAAUCGAAUGGAGACAAUUACAAAAAGAUAUCAGUAGAAGGAAUGAAUGGGAGACUAUCAAAUGGGAGGCUAUCAAAUUGCGCUGUUCUUUCUCCAGAUCAUGGUUCGAGUAAAAGUGGAUUUAGCCCCUCAGACCUUGCUGGACAAUGGAGCUCACCCAGCUCAACCAAUCCACAAAUAACACGAGGGAUGAAGGGGUGCAUUGAAUGGCCGCGGAAUUCUCACAAGCACAGUUUAAAAUCAAAGCUGUUGGAGGCAAGAAUGGAGAGCCAGAAGGUCCAGUUGCGCCAUGUCUUGAAGCAGAAGAUUUAGAGACUACAAGUUUUGAAUGCCCAAAUCAUCCGUCUCAGCUGGUAUAUCGAUAAAACUAAAACUUAAGUCCACAUUCUCCCGAGACUUGUAUCUCCUCAUUUUAUGCUUACUGAAACUUCUUGCAUCGUCUUUGUAUCAAUCAGAAAUGUUUUGUUGGAGCUAUGGAGUUGUUAUCUUGUAAUUUGGAAGAUGCAUUAUUGGCUACUGAUUAUGUCUUUAUAAUGUAUUGUUUGGUGGCCAAUUAUACAUCAUCCACAGAAGUUUCAGUAAGAGGAAAGAAGAACUUAAUUUGCAUAAUUGAAUUCAUUUUCCUUC